AUGCAUUCAUAUGCCUUCUACAACGGCCAUCUCAGUGAGACAGAGCGAAGGCUACAAGCUCUGGAUAAUCCGCAAACAGCAUCAAAAGCUCCUGCAUACCAAUACCCCACCGCAGGGCAUACGCCGGAAACAUCAGCAGCAGAAGAUAGACCAAAAAGCCAAGAAGGAAAGCCAGACCUAUCCCGCUUGCGAGAAGACCUAGCCAUUGAGCUCACCUCCCCAAUGGGAUCGGUCACUUAUCCAAAAAACCUGACUUGGGCAAAUUAUGUCGACUAUAUUUUCUGCCCAACCCUAUGCUACGAGCUCGAAUACCCCCGAACGAAAGGCAUUGUUUGGUCUGAAUUGGGAUACAAGGUCCUCGCUGUGUUCGGUGUCAUUUUCCUCCUAACUAUCACCUCGGAAGAAUUCAUCCUCCCUGUAAUGAUCGAAUCCGCUGUGCGCCUGGAAACAGUUGACUCUUUCUCCGAAACGGCGCUCAUUCUAGCCGAAGCAAUAUCCAAUCUUCUCUUUCCCUUCAUGGUCACUUUCCUUCUCGUCUUCCUUGUAAUCUUCGAAUACCUACUCGGUGCCUUUGCAGAGAUCACCUGCUUCGCAGACAGACACUUUUAUUCUGACUGGUGGAAUAGCACCGAUUGGCUAGAAUUCUCCCGCGAAUGGAACAUUCCCGUCCACAACUUCUUCCGGCGACACGUCUACAGCGCCUCCCGCCCACACAUCGGGCGUCCCAUGGCCACAUUCAUCACCUUCUUCAUCUCGGCCAUCGGGCACGAAAUAGUCAUGGCAUGCAUCACGAAGAAGAUCAGGGGGUACGGCUUCCUGUGCCAGAUGUCCCAAUUGCCUAUCGUGGUGUUGCAGCGUACGAAAUGGGUCAAGGGUAAGAAGGUGCUGAACAAUGUGUGUUUCUGGUGCUCCAUGAUCUUGGGACUGAGCAUGAUGUGCUCUUUAUACGUCCUUUGCUAA